AUGAAGAUCGACCCCGCGCGAGCCUCGACGCUGGUCUCGCAGCUCAAGUCUGUCAGCGACCGUGUGGCCGCCGUCGCCAAGGGCCGCAAUGUCCGGCUCGUAGCCGUGUCCAAGCUCAGGCCGGCCAACGACAUCCUCGCGCUGCAGCAGCAGGCCUCACACGUGCACUUUGGCGAGAACUACUCACAGGAGCUCCAGCAAAAAGCCGAGCUGCUGCCGCGCAGCAUACAGUGGCACUUCAUCGGCGGCCUGCAGUCCGGCCACUGCAAGAACCUCGCCAAGAUACCCAACCUCUUCUGCGUCUCGAGCGUAGACACUCAGAAGAAGGCCCAGCUCCUCGACGAGCACCGGGGCAAGCUCCUCGCCAGCUUCUCCAGCUCGGCGACCACAGGGGAGGAUGCGACCAACGCUGCCGCCGCCGACGCCAGCAGCAGCGGUAGCAAGCCGGGGAAGCUGAACGUGCACGUCCAGGUCAACACGUCGGGCGAGGAGUCCAAGUCCGGGUGCCAGCCGGGCGACGAGACGCUGUCGCUGUGCAAGUUCAUCGCCUCGGACGAGACGUGUCCGAAUCUCAACCUGCUGGGCCUGAUGACCAUUGGCGCCAUUGCGAGGAGCGUCGCGACCACGCCUGAGAAUGAGAAUGAGGACUUCGUGCUGCUGAGGCAGCAGCGGGAUCUGGUCGCCAAGGAGCUGGGCUUGGCGGAUCCUGAAGAGCUGGAGCUGAGCAUGGGCAUGAGUGAGGACUUUGAGGGCGCGAUCGCGCUGGGCAGCGGCGAGGUCCGGGUCGGGAGCACGAUAUUUGGCGAGAGAGGGCCGAAGAGCGAGGCCAAGAUUGUGGCAUAA